GUUAGAACCGAUCUAUCCGCACCUCGCCGACCUCCAUAUCUCGUUCGAAAUGCAGGAGUGCAAGAGGAUCAUGCAUGGCUACUGUCGCAUCAACGCGCCACGAUUGAAUCUGCAAGCGCCGGAGAUGAUGGGGCAAGCGAUCGCGCAGCGGCGAGCCUUCGGGUCAUUUGUAGAUGGCAAGAACGAAGUAUGGGAUGAGCAUGCGCCUCUAAUCGAUUGUCUAGACCGCGCCAUACCGAAUUGCGGAUUUGGACAAACACCAGGCCAGCAGCAAUCUACAGGAGGAGGCGAUGCAGGUGCGAAUAGCGCAACAGGAGGAGGCUCUUCCAACGCGCCGACUUCAAACGAGCCGACGUUGUUGGAGCAAGAGAUAUCUGCUAUUCUGCGCCAGGAAAAACAGCGGCCGGCCUAUGAGACGCGGAUGAGCCAAAUUUCAUUCAUUCUCGCAGAUCCGAAUGUACAGACCAGCUUAUGUCGUGGCCUGUGCCUUGUGCGAAAGUGGCGUCACAUUUCACUUCCGGCGUCACACGCUGCGGCAGUCCAGAAGCACCCUUCGAAAGAUCCUACGCGAGCUAUCAUGACCAGUGGUCGACAUGGCUCCACAAAC